CCACCAUCACCUUCGACGCGCUGCUCCGCCUGCUCUCGACCACCGUGUCGACUGCGAAGAAACAUGAGCGGUUCUCGUUCAUGGAUCUGUCGCAGGCGUGCCUCGAGGAGGGCUGCAUGCCGCCGCGGGCGCAGGUUGCGGUGACGCUGUCUCCGAAGCUAGAGCGCGAGGAGUGUGAGCUGUACCCCGUCGAGGGCCCAUAUGAUCUCUUCUUCUGCUUUCUGGAGGCCGCUGACAGCGUCUCUCUCGGAGUCAUCUACGACCCGACGCUGUUCGACCAGAAAUCGAUUGCGGCGCUCAAGGUCGACUUUGAACGGAUCGUGGCCCAAGCCAUGGCAGAGACGCCUUUCGAUCUCCAACCGCUUCUGGGGAACCGCAUCCCAUGUCUGCUGCCGCCUAUCGACACGACCGAUGCGGGCCAGGUCAGCAAGCGCCGUUUCCAUGUCAUGUUCGAGCACCAGGCCGCUCGCAAUCCCGCCGCGCUUGCCAUGAGUUGUGCGGAGCGAGACGAGUCCAUGACGUAUGGAGAGAUGAAUGAGCGCGCGAAUCAGAUGGCGAACGCCCUGCGCCAAUUGGGAAUGGGCCGCACCCAUGUCGUGCUGUUGCACUUGAAGCGGGGCUUCUCUACGUUGUGCUGGAUCCUGGCCGUGCUCAAGGCCGGUGCGACGUACGCUAUAGCUGAUCAAGGCCACCCGCUUGAGCGGACGCGAAGUGCGAUGGCGGUCGCCGAGCCCGACCUCAUCGUGGAUGACGGGAUGGGUAUCGAAGUGGGCCUCUUCUCAGGGACCGUCAAGAUCUUGCGCACGGACACGUGCACCUUGGACGCGUUCCCGAAAGACAAUCUGGAGGAUGUGUCGCAAGACGAUGACCUGGCAUACAUUGUCUUCACUUCCGGCAGCACCGGCCAGCCCAAGGGCGUCGAGAUCACGCACAGCAGCCUCUCGAACUGGAUCACGGCCGCCCACGCAGCCGGAUAUUUCCCCAUGGGCCCGUUUUCCCGCGUGCUGCAGUUCGCCACGUUUGCUUUCGACGCGGCCGUCCUCGAAUGGUCCCUGGCACUUUCCCUGGGAUCCAACCUGUGCUUUGCCAACACCCCCCAGGCCCUGAUCGGCGACUACCUCGCGGACGUCAUCGACAAGAAUCUCGUGACCCAUAUGCACCUGACUCCCAGUGUGCUUGGGACUCUGCCGGCGUCGAGAAGGUUGCAGAGCCUGGAGUGCAUCAGUGUGGGCGGAGAGAUGGUCCCCGACAACCUGAUCGAACGUUGGAGGACGAGGGUCACCCUGCAGAAUGCAUAUGGGCCGACUGAAGCCACGGUCGUCAUGGCUCACCGACCUCAGCCCAGUUCCCCAGGCGAUGCUGCGCCCUCCGCGGCGAACAUCGGCAAACCGCAUUGGCCCACGGAGGUGUUUGUGUGCAACCCUUCGUUCGACCGACUGCUGGCUGUCAACGAGGUCGGAGAGGUCUGUCUUGCCGGCCCGCAACUGGCCCGAGGCUACCGCAACCGGGCCGAUCUUACCAGCCAAAGAUUCGCAGUCCAUCCUCAGAAUGGCAAGCGGAUGUACAAGACCGGGGACCGCGGCAAACUGUUGGCCGAUGGGACCGUGGUCCUGAUGGGCAGAAUGGAUCGCGAGCUGAAAGUCCGAGGGUACAGGAUCGACCUGGACGACCUGGAACGCACCGUUGUGGCUGUGAUGCCGUCCAUCAUUAGCGUCUCGGUCCAGUCCUCUCCGUCGGGCACCGACCUGUGUGUCUUUGUUUCGCCCCAGACUGUCGAUGGGACCGAGCUGAAGCGGCUGCUUGGGCUCCGGGUGCCGAGCUACAUGGUGCCGCGGAAUGUGUAUUGUUUGCCGCGGCUGCCCUUGAACACGAGCGACAAGACGGACCACAAGGUGAUCAAGCUGCGCAUGGAGGAGCUGAUCAGGGACGCCAAGUUCCCGUCCGGAGCGACGACACCCAUCAGCACGAGCUCUGACGAAGACGACCUGAGCUCUCUCGAGGAUUCCAGCCGCAGCUCGACCUUGGCCGAUUCGACCAUGCUCCAAGCCGACGAGUCGGUGUCGCAUCAGGAACUGACCAACGUCUGGAUCGAACUACUCGAGCUGAAGUCAGCGCCUUCUGGGAAGAGCAGCUUCUUCGAUCUCGGUGGGAACAGCUUGCUCGCGCAGACGCUCAUCGAGAAGGUGAGGGGGCAACUGCCGUCGGGGUCGUUGUCGGUGUCUGUUCUCGACCUUUUCACCUACCCGUGCUUGGACGACUUUAUCCCGUUCGUCCAAAGUCGUGCUCCUGCCAAGGUCACAGCUCCCAGAGUGAAGGGCCCUCGGAUGUCGAGGCAGUCCUCGACCAAGUCACUCGCACCAGCCAGCCAGGCAGACACCAUUUCAAGCCUGACGAACAUCUGGAAGUCGGUCUUGCAACUGGAUCGGGUGGCCAAGGACGCGAGCUUCUUCGAUGCGGGCGGAAACAGUCUGUUGAUGACGACGCUGCACAAGUCCAUCGUCCGGUCCUGGCCCGGUUGCGGGGUGCAGCUCAUCGACCUGUUCCAGAACGCGACGAUCCAGAGCCAAGCCGAGUUGAUCGCAGUGCCGUCGCCCGAGUUGAUCGCAGUGCCGUCGCCCGUGCACAGCACCGCACCGUCUUUGAAGGCGCGCAAGAAGAGGGCGAGCGCCACUGGAAAGAAGGAGCGAGUCGCUAGCAGGGAGUCCGCCGGCCCAGACGAAAGCAGAGACAUCGCCAUCGUCGGCAUUGCCGGUCGGUUCCCUGGCUCGUCCUCGCCCCAGGAGCUCUAUCAGCUCUUGCUCGACCAGACCGAGGCAUUGACGCAUCUGUGCCCGGAUUCGCCAGUCGAGGUGUUUCCCGGCGGGGUGUAUGUACCGCACCGAGGCGCAUUGAAGGACGUCUGGGAGUUUGAUGGUGCUCGGUGGGGCAUCAAAGCUGAGGAGGCCGAGGAGAUGGAUCCGCAACAGAAACUGCUCAUGACCGUCGCCCAAGAGGCUCUGGAGGAUGCGAGUGCGGUUCCGCCUGCUUCCGGACCGAACAAGAUCGGCUUGUUCGUGGGAGCCGCUCCCUCGACCUGGGUUCCCAGCAAGCCAGACGAGGAUGCGUUCCACCAUGCGCACCGAGAGGCGCUGACGCCCUGUCUGUCGGCGCUGACGGCGUACCAUCUGAACCUGCAGGGCCCGAACGUGACGCUCCACACCGCCUGUUCGAGCGGCAUGGUCGCCAUGUCGUUGGCAGUCGACAAUCUCCGCUCGAAGACGUGCGAUGUCGCACUGGCGGGUGGAGUGUCGGUUGCAUUCCCGCAAGCGGGAUAUCUCACUGCGCCGACACGCCUGUUCUCGCCUUCUGGGCACUGCCGACCCUUCGACUCGCGAUCCGACGGCACGCUUCCGGGAGACGCAGUAUGUGCGCUGGUGCUCAAGCGGAUGAGCGACGCUGUCCGCGACGGGGACGAUAUCUACGCUGUGGUCAAGGGGAUGGCCGUCGGCUCAGACGGGAAGCCUGGGAAAGCAGGACCGACUGUUCCCAGCCCGAGAGGACAGGCGCAGAGCGUGAAGGGCGCGUGGAUGGAUGCGGGUGUCAGCGCAGGGAAGCUGGUCUAUGCGGAACUGCACGGCAGUGGAACACCGAUCGGCGACGCACUGGAGCUCGAGGGCUUGAAGAUGGCCCGACGAGAACUCGGGGUCGAGAAGACGCCGUACAUUGUGGGAUCGAACAAGGGCAAUCUGGGCAACUGCGAGGCUGCAUCUGGAUUGGUCUCUGUGAUCAAGCUCGUCAAGUCCAUCCAACAUGGCGUGGUUCCCCCGCUGCAGUCCUUCGAGCAGCCGAACCCGGUCAUCGACCCGACGCUGAAGAUCUCGUUUGCCAAGAAUCCCGUGCGGUUGUCUCCCGACGCCUUGCUCAGUGCAUCGAGCACGGGUCUCGGCGGCGUCAACGCCCAUUGCGUGCUGGCGUUCCCCCCCGCCCAGCACAAAAGAAAGGCGUCGGUCGAGGCGACGUCCAUCAAGGGUCCAGUCGACGUGUCGGUCGAGGUGCCCAGUCCGAAAGCGAGUGUGCCAGAUGCCACGUCGGCUGGUCAUCUCGUGCUCCGUCACGUUCGAUCUAUCCUCGGCACGGACGAGAUCAGCUCCACGACAGUGUUGAGGGAUGCCGGGCUGGACAGUCGCGGCCAGAUGGCGCUCCUGCAUCAGCUGCAGCAAGCAGGGUGCCACAUCCCGUGCGUGCCUUCCUUCAUUUAGAACUCGUCUCUCGGGCAUUGACCGAAUCCCUGCAGUCUCUCGGCGUUCAUCGACCCAUCGUGCACGGUCGAGUCCAUUGUGGCGUCGAUCAGUGCAUCGCUUGCCUCCUACAUCUCGUUCCUGCAACAAGCUCCGACGGGAACGACGUACGUUCUCAUCGCACCAGGAGGCGGCAGCUGCCUGUCGUAUGCUGCGCUGGCGCGUCAUUUGCCGGCAGAUUCAACGAUCAUGGCGCUCGAUCACCCUGCGCUCCACGGCAUCGACUCGGAUUGUGGGAUCAACGAGCUCGCCACGAGAUACGUGAAGGACAUGCCGCCCACUUGUCGCGAUGUCGUGCUCGUGGGCGCCUCGUUCGGUGGUCUGGUCGCGACGGCGAUGCUGGGCCCGAUGCAAGAAGCCGGAAUCCAAGUGCGCGCGGUGGCCCUCAUCGACAGUCCGUUCCCAGGAUCCACCUCCGCAGACGUCUUGCUGACUGCGGAUGCGUUCGUUCGCAACGUGU